UGCACGGUGUAUGCAUCCUGGGUGACAGGCAAGAAGGGAGAUGACGUGAGCAAAAGCAAGAAAGUUGUCUUGAUCGAGCGGGAGCUCAGCGAAUCGGGACUGACGUUCGGGAAAGAACAGCGGGCGUGCGUAACGGUUUCGCUCAAAGACGAGCUGCAGCGACUGCGCAAUCAUGGACGCGCGGAGGGUUUUCCCGAAGUCGACUCAAUUACGCGGAUGCGCCACGAGCUGCUUGACCGCGCAGAGGAUAUGGGUGUCCCGACGCAGCUUCGAGUCGUUCUGACAAAACGCGCGGAGCGUCGCCUCGCCUUGCUCAUGAGCAUGGCCACUGGGAAAGUACUUCUCAGUGAUACGCUCGAGGCUGCUCAGAAUAAGGACAUGCGCGGUGAGAAGAUCGUUGAGUUCAUGGCACAGCUGCUGAAACGUGACGAAGUACCAGCUUCGUACUUCGCUGAAGGUCAGGAGAUUCCAACGGCGGAUGAAAUUAGGUCGACGCUGAAAGAGCUGGACUCCCACGCAGACCAACUUGACAUCGGACAGACCUGCUUCCAGGACGCGGGGCAAAAGGUCAAGCGCGACGAUGUCUACGCGAUUUGCACACGAGUCCGGGGCACCGUUGGCGGCGAGACGCUCUUCACGAUAAUGGAUACGUACUACCGAAUAAGCAAAGAGAAGCACGCAACACAGCGCACGAGAGGGAUGUUCUUCAAGAAAGGCACCUCUAUUUUCUCCGACGAAAAAAGCAGAGUAGACGGAAGGCUUUGCAUUUGCAGCGACCGCGUUAGAAAGUUUUUGGCUAUUUUCGAGAUAGCGCGGAAGCCUCGGGAAGCUGGAACGAUUGAGCACUACAUGUCAAUUCCCCGGGAAAAUCGCAUGUACUGGCAAAGCCGGCUGGAGGCGUUUCUGAAGCUGGAAGGCCCAAAGAACGUUACAGAGGAAGUCCUGGGUGGUUUGUCCCAGGGCCAAUUCAAUGUCUCGUUGGAGGAGUUCACGAAGUUUUUCGACGGCAUUCAGCCGAUACGAAGCAGCGCGCUCCGACCGGCACAGGAGGGCUCCGGCGCGGAAUCGAACCUACUGCAGCGCUCCAUCGGAGAGCCGUCCGCUAAGCGUGCGAAGAAAGAAGCGCACGCGACGGGCGUACUAGUUGCACCUGCAUCUCCACUGCGCACCACCAGCGAGCCGAACAGGUCCGACGGCCCCAACGCGUGCUCUGCUAUUCCAGGUGCAAAGUUGGAGGAGCUUUGUGCUACUGUUGCAGGACUAGUUUCCGGCGGUAGACUGCCGACUCAGCUUGAGAAGCUGGCAACGCAGAGCAUCCAAAUUCGUGGACGAAGUACAACGCUCCGAGAGAUGUGGCAGCAGGAUGAGUUCGGAAACCGCGACCGCUUUCCUUUUCGGGGUGCAAAGCUGGAAGAUCUCUGUGUCACUGUUGCAGGACUGAUGUCCAGCGCGACACUGCCGCCUGAGCUUGCGAAGCUGGCAGCGCAGAGCAUCAGAAUUUGUGGACGGACUACGACGCUUCGGGAGCAGGUGUUGCAGCAGUUUGAGUCCGGAGACCCUAGCGCCGAUAGCAGUAGCUCGAAGAACACUGCUGGGGGCUCCAAAGGCACCGAAAGUGACUCGGCGGGACAAAAAGGUGAUGACGAAAGUAGUCUGCACUUGAGUGGGAUUCGAAGAUUGUUACUGGACUUCGGCGUUCUGCAAAAAACAACAACUACCUGGCUCUUGGCAAAGACGGAAAUAGUCCCUGACGCCACUAGUGAAGCUUGCAAGCUUCUGAUGCUCUUGUCCGCGCCCGUCGAUGCUGAAGGCUGUCGAAGUCGCGCUGUGGCGGAAUUUGCUCAAGCUUUAACAACGGCCAGCCUGAAAGUUUCUUUCGAAAAGCGCACGCCCCAGGAACUGUGGCGCGUUACAAAAGGCGUGGCGCUGGAAUAUUCAUGGAGUGGAAGUGGCGAUUCCUCGUACCUGGAACUUUCGGAAUGGCAGAGCGCUAUUCGCACUCUUGAGGAUCUUCCCCAUAUGGUACUCUCGGAUGUGUUGCACAAGCACGGCGAGAAGCACGGUGGUGCCGUCGGUUGCAGAUUAACCAAAUUGGAGAAAAAAUUCAAGGCCCAUUGUGAUUCCGGCAUGGAAGUCUGGUCGCGGUUUCAGUUGUGGAGAAGGUCCGAUACGGGUCGGACGAAGGAACAGCAGCAUACGUAUUUCGCUCUACGCGGUUGGCUAGUCGCUCUAGGUCUAGUUUCGACAACCGAGUAUAUUUACUGGGGCCGACUAGAGGACGCGUAUGAUGUAUCUGCAGGCCUGUUGCACUGCGUUAAGCUGCUGGACCGUGGUCUUCUGACGACUGGUGUUACAAAAUUGCUGCAGAAGUCUCGUGUGUCGCUUUCGGACGAAGCGCGUUGCUACGAACUGAUAGAUGAGACUAAAAGGCAGGUUGCUAAUCGUCUCCAAGCGUUGCAGACAGGGGUAGCUGGGAGGAAGCCGUUGAAUGGGAGGAAGGAGGUGAUGUUCGUAGCAGUCAGCAUGCUUUCUGACAUGUUGUCCGGGAAAUCAGUGCGUGCUAGUCCUAAUCGAAUACCAGUGCCAGACACUGUGCAUUCAAAACCUGUCACAGUUGCGGAAAGCUCACCACCAGCUCCGGCGCCAGCGGAAAGCGAUAGAAAGAGCCUUUCACUCGAACAAACCAUCAUGUUCCUUCGCGACACGUUCACUGCGAAGAACAAAAAAGGCGAGAACUCGGUGAAGGGAAAGGACCUGCGGCAAACCCGUGCCGGCGAAAGCAAAGUCAUGACGCAAAGCAUCACGUUUGGCGCGACGCGUGACUACUGCCAUGGAUGUACACUGACAAAGGACACGGCGAAGAUGAAAGCAGCCAGCGGGCGGCCGGUCUGUGUGCUGGUGAACGAGUUCUUCUGCCGCCUGCUUAACCAGAUCCAAACUGUUCGCCUCAAAGGGCAAGAAGCUGCUGUCCAGCCAAAUUCCAACCAGAAGUUUUCCUACAGUUCCGUCAACGUCUACAAAAACGCGUUCACCUACCCGCACCGGGAUAGUGGAAACAUCGGCGAUAGCUGCGUGAUCGCGAUGGGCGACUUUGUUGGUGGCGGCCUUUUCGUGCACGAUCCUGCACUGACGCUCAGCGACGUGAAGCACCGGGCUGAUUUGGCGCUAGUCCACGAGCCCGAGGACGGGCGGGUCGUUCGUUUGUUUGUUCCGAAGAGCAUCGUCGAGAGCCCCGCCGAGAAAACGCGCAUGUACGGCAAGGAGGAACGAUGGCCAAAAUUCUUUGGAAGCGCCCCCUGCGGCGGCAAGUACAUAAUCGGUCGCGAGUUCUGUGUCGAAAACACCCCCCGCCGCUUCGACGCGCGGGAGCACAUCCACGGGACUAUGCCGUUUGAAGGCGAGCGCUUUUGCUUGAUUUUCUUCACGCAUUCCGCGCUGCCGGGCCUGAGGACGCGGAAGAACCAGGGCGCAAACGCGCUGGCGGCGUUUUUGAUUGCUCUCGAGGAUCUCGGGUUUCCCGUCCCGCCCGCGCACGCGCCGCACUGGGAAGAUCUUGCGUCGACGGGUGGGGAUGUGGUGGAGCUGAGCAGCAGUGACGACGAGGGGGGUUUGUGAUGACGGCAAGAGCUGCGAUGUCUUCCCGGUGUUAGAAACUCGGACGCUCAUUGACUGUCAGGCUUGACGCUGAAUCGAGAGUGAAAAAUUGGAACCAGACGCGUCACCAUCACAACCAAGAGAAAGACUGUUCUCUUUCUGACCAGGCGGC